AGAUAUUUCAAGUUUUCCAGGGAAAUAAGUACCAGAGGAAUGUUCAGUUUCUACAUUGGUGACAGUUAUAAUCUUGGCUAAAUAUUUUGCAAAGUUUGGGGCUGCGGUGGCGCAACAGGCUAAGACGCAGCAGACUUGCGGUUGCAGUUCACUGCAGUUGCACACCGGGGACCAGGGUUCGAUUCUCGGUCCUGCCAAAAGCCAAGUUUGGCCGGCUCACGUGGAGCAGCAUAAUUGGCUCGCUGCUCCAGAGGGAGGGACUUGGCAGGGUUAGUGGAUCGCUGCACACAAAAGCACUUCGGGCGCCUCGGAAUCAUGGUCACAAAUCAGAAAAAAUAAAUAAAUAUAUAUUUAGCAAAGUUUUGGGAAUUCAAGUUCCCUGCCAUCCUUGCUUUCUGGAACUGUAGAGUGCCAGAUUUUAUGGGUUGCGUGGAAUUGGGAGAGGCUUUAAACAAGCCGCUUGGAGUUCCGUGAAGUAGUGACAUCACAACGAUAUGCUUGUUUGCUUCAGCAUGGCCCACCUUGUAGCCGGAACAAAUCUAAGCGCUCAACUAUGUUCUGAUGACUGCCUGUGAGGGGGGAUGUGAUUGGGCAGAGGGUGGAUGUGAUUGGUCAGAGGGUGGAUGUGAUUGGUCAGAGGGUGAAUGUGAUUGGUCAGAGGGUGAAUGUGAUUGGUCAGAGGGUGGAUGUGAUUGGGCAGAGGGUGGAUGUGAUUGGGCAGAAGAUGGAUGUGAUUGGGCAGAGGGUGGAUGUGAUUGGGCAGAGGGGGGAUGUGAUUGGGCAGAGGGUGGAUGUGAUUGGGCAGAGGGUGGAUGUGAUUGGGCAGAGGGUGGAUGUGAUUGGGCAGAGGGUGGAUGUGAUUGGGCAGAGGGUGGAUGUGAUUGGGCAGAGGGUGGAUGUGAUUGGGCAGGUUCCUCUGCGUUCUCCAGAGGACGGUUGCAGUGUUCCUGCAGAUGGGGCCAUGAUUGCAGGGGUGCAAGAGGCCUGGUCAGUGGGGCUCAGCAAGCGGGGAAGCAGGCGUUCACCCUGCCCAAACUGGCCCUGAGUCCACCCCACCGGACCAGGAUUGAGCAUCCCUCUUCGCCGGUCCGCCCCCCUCCUGUCUGCCUGCGGUCCAGCUCCACGCUGUUCUUUGUGUGUGGGUGCCAUGCAGUUUGGGCGAGGCCUGGACUCUCCCUGCACUCUGGUUCUGCUGGUGGGACUGCAGCUGGCCUUCCUGCUCUACCUCUCUCUGGGCGGGUUCGGGGGCCUGGCCUCUGUCCUGCUGCACUCCCGGCAGGAGUUUGAUUACUCACGGCCUCAUGACGUCUACACCAACCUCAGCCUGGAAGCGGCACUGGACAGCAGCCAGCAGAAAUACUGCCCUCUGGUCUCCCCUCUGCUAGUGGGUCCCGUGUCAGUGCGCCUUUCUUCACCCCCCUCCUUGGAUGAAAUUUGGAAGAAGAACCCCCUGGUGUCACCCGGUGGCCUCUACCGCCCCCCUGGCUGCGAGUCCCGUCACCGCACAGCCAUCAUCAUCCCGUACCGGGACAGACUGUCGCACCUGCGCUCCCUGCUGUACCAUCUGCACCCCUUCCUACAGAGGCAGCAGUUGCAUUACACCAUCUACAUCGUGCACCAGGCGGGGAACUCCACCUUUAAUCGGGCGAAACUGCUGAACGUGGGGGUGCGGGAGGCCCUGAGGGAGGAGGACUGGGACUGCCUGUUUCUCCACGAUGUGGACCUGCUGCCCGAAAAUGACCACAACACCUACACCUGCCACGCCCAGUUCCCCACCCACUUGUCCGUGGCCAUGGACAAGUUUCGAUACAGGUUGCCAUACUUGCAGUACUUCGGGGGCGUUUCCGCGGUAACACCUGAGCAGUACCUGCGAAUGAAUGGCUUUCCCAACGAGUACUGGGGAUGGGGCGGGGAGGACGAUGACAUCGCUGCCAGAGUGCGUCUCUCCGGGAUGAAGAUUGUCCGUCCGUCUGUAGAGGUGGGCCACUACAAGAUGAUCAAACAUCACGGAGACACGGGCAAUGAGGAAAACCCUCACAGGUUUGACUUGCUAAUGAAGACCAGGAGGAACUGGCGUGCAGAUGGCCUGAACUCUCUGACCUACACCCUUCUGUCGAAAGACCUGGAGCCCCUGUACACCAACCUGUCUGUCAGCAUUGGGGACAGCCACCGCAAGAAAGCCUCCGGCUAAACCACUGUUAAAGAGUUAGGGUGUAAGUUUAUCUGGGGCUGUGUAAACGAACCAGGGCCAUGGGUAACAGGCCGAAGACACGACUGAGGAAAUGUGGGAUCUGUGGGAGGUCCAAUGGUCAGCUGGUUUUGAGGUGAGAUAGCCCUAUCUCUGCUUAAAGCAAUGGUGCAUUCUGGGUUUUUAAAUAUUAUUUCAGUGUAUUUUGACUGGCCCAGGCAGUGGUGUGCAGUGAUGGAUAUUUUAAAUUCUUACAUUAAGUUUCUGACAGUGGCAGGGUUCAGGGCAUGCAGGGGUAUGUGGCCUAAAGCAAAACAAUAAUAUUUACAUACACUCAGUGACCACUUUAUUUGGUAAACCUGUACACAAGCUUGUUAAUGCAAAUAUUUAAUCAGCCAGUGUGGCAGCAACUGAAUGCAUAAAGCAUGCAGCCAUAGUCAAGAGGUUCAGUUGUUGUUCAGCCCAAACAUCAGAAUGGGGAAGAAAUGUGAGCUAAGACUUUGACCGUGGAAUGAUUGUUGAUGCCCAGACGGGUUGGUUUGAUUAUCUCAGUCUCCAGAGUUUACAAAGAACAGUGCAAAAAACAAAAAACAUCCAGGUCUAUAGAUCUAAAAUAUUCUUCAUUGCACACAAACGCUGAAAGUUUUUAAGCAUACUUAAAAACAGUAGCACUUCCAUUUUAAAAACAGCCCAGCCAGGUGAACUUUCCCUUUAAAUGUUCUGUUUGCCAAAGGCCCCGGUAUGCAUGCCCACAGUGUGGGCUGGUGUACUGAAACGAAUUCCCAACUAAAAACAAAGUUUAUUUUUCAAGUUUCUAUAUGUGCCUUUUCACCUAGAUUUUCUAGGUCUAUUUGUUUUGUUUUUGUAUAAUUGAUGAUUUUCCUGCAGACUAGAAGAUAUAUUUGUAUAUUUUUUAUGAACUUUUUGUUGAAGGGUGUCUCGAUAAUUAAGAUGGAUUUUAAGGGAUCACAUUUUAUUUAAGGAUGAUCAAAGUAUUUAAUAAUUGAAUGUGAUAAAAUAAUUUAACUUAAAAUGGAUUAUUAUGCUGAAAUCUGUGCUUGGGUUGUGCUUUGGGCUGAUUCACGGGUUCAUGGAAUAACGUAUUUAUGAUGCUGGUUCUUCAAAUGAUUUUCUGUGAUUGAAGAGAUUCUGUGUUAUAUUUAUCAUGAUGAAAUUAACAGACUGGGACUGACAUUGCUUUUGGACAUAUACUUGAUUUUGCUGUAUAUAGUUAGAAGUAUAUUUUUCUGAGAAUAUGUUUAAGAAUUUUAUAAAAAUUGAUUCUCCAGGGUUGGUUUCAUAGUUGCAGAGUGAGUCAUAUGUGCCAACAAUUUUGUUCUGAGAAGCACGUUUCUGAAAUGGUUUAAUGUGUUGCUACCUCUUAAAAGGUUAAAUGUCUCCGAUCAUUUUAUGGGUGUAAAUUUCAUUUAUCAGGGUCUCCCAACCGCUUCAGGCCUCUGUUCAGAAGUCAGUAGUAUUCUUAAUGUUUAGAUAUCUGUAGUGAAACACAUCCCACUUACAGAGCACCGUGAGCAUGGUGAUAUCUAUAUGGUGUUUUAAUGUCUUUGCCUUUGAAUUUUAAGCCUGCUACACUGUUUUAAUGGCUUAUUGCCAUAGAGUUGGGUGAAUCCGGUCUCUCUGUGACAGACUCCAGAACCCCUGUGUGUUACCCAUCCCAAAUGUCUAAUUCUGUGUGCUUAAAUUGGACAUAACUGAAACGAUAAUUGAUGUGUAGUCAAAAUCAAUGUGGCACUUUUUGAUUAUCAGAAGCAAUGCUUAGGUCAAUAUAAUUACAAUAUAGAAUUGUGAACUCUAUAUUUCUAUAUUGUUAGGAAAAAAUGCAUCAGAGGUAGAUGGUUAUUAGAAAUAUUUAUGGAAUCCUGUUUUGCAAGUUUAUAUUUUUUGGUUGGAGGAUGGUGUGUGUGUUCUAAUUUUUAGGUCAAUGUUGUACAGUCAGGUCCAGAAUUAUUGGCACCCUAGAUGAAAAUGAGCGAAAAAGGCUGUAUAAAACAACACAGAUAAUGAGCUAUAUUUUAUGUCCAAACAUAUGGGAAAACUAUAUACUUUUAUCCUAAUACAAUUAUUCUCAUUUUUAUUUUAUUUUUAUUGAGUAAUACUAUUUAUGAAAAAUGUAAGUGUCAAAAUUAUUAUAAAGAUAAUUUUAGUUAAAUCAGUACAAUUCUGCUUAUUUAAGUUAAUCUCAGUCUUAAGGAACUGUAUUGUGGCCUUCCAUCACUUCCUGUUUCCCUAGGGUAUAAAAAUGAGGUAACACACCUGUAAAAUCCCUUUGUAAUCCAUCACCAUGGGGGAAGUCAAAGAACUGUCAAAUCAAAAGAGACAGAUGGUUGUUGACCUACACAAGUCAGGUAAUGCGUACAAAAAAAAAUACAUAAACGGUUAAACAUACCACUAACCACUGUUAGGGCAAUAAUCAAAAAGUUUCAAACAUCUGGAACAGUUGCAAACUUGCCAGGAAAAGGACGCAAGUGCAUGUUGCCCCCACGCACAGUGAGGAAGAUGGUGAGGGAGGCAAAGGGGUAGUCCAUAAGCGCAAACCUAAGGAUAUGAAGGAUCUUGAAAGGUUCUGCAUGGAGGAAUGGCCCACGAUCCCUCCAAAUGUGUUCUCCAACCUUAUUAAACAUGAUAGAAAUAGGCUUAUCCUUGCCAGGGGAGGCUGCACCAAGUACUAAAAACAGGGGUGCCAGGAAUUGUGAACCUUUUAUUUAUUUUUUUGGAAAGAAAUGUAUAAUUUGAAAAAUGUGUAAUUUUGGUCGAUUCCAUUGAAUCAUUAAUAAAGUAAAAUAUUUUCCACAUUUUGGAAAAUUACAAUAUCUGAGUAAUGGUAUUAUUUGUUUUCUACAGUCUUUUUUUGCUAAUUUUCAUCAAGGGUGCCAAUAAUUCUGGACCUGACUAUAUCUGUAUGUAACCACUAUGGGUAUACGAUUGACGGCAUGUGUGUACAAUACUGAGGAUAGCAGUGGAGUGCGAUUGUGUAUCUUUUUGGUAGAAGUCAUAUUUACAGUUCAGUGAGUGAAAUUCACUGAGAUUUUCAUGUGUAUAAUAAUACACCAAUAAAACUUGUAUUAAUUAUGACUGAUAAUUGUGGGGAUGACUUCAAAGGUCAGGAAUAAAACGAUGGGAGCUUG